GGAAAAGGGCGCAGGGCGCGACGACGACGACGACGAGAACGAGGACGAGGACGAGAGCGGCGGCGGGAAGACAGCGGAAGUCGAAAGCGGAAGAAGCGGCUCGUCCAUCGGCAGGAGGGCCCCACAGAUGCGGGGCCCGAAGGGGCCAGUCCGCGGCGGCGUGACGCGAUGCGGACAUCCUCCUCCUCUUUGCCGAGGAAGAGGAAGAGGAAGGAUCUCUCGCCUCUCGACACCGUCCUCCGCGUCGCUCGGCGGCCGGCAGCUAGAUAUGUCGCUCGCGAGCCCCCGCGAGCCGACCUUGCCGUAUCGCAUCGAACGAGCCAGCGAAUCCUCCGGCACGAGGGACGACGCGAGGGCGGCCCCUCGGAGACCUCGCGGCCGCAGGAGCGUCCAACGAGUGACCCUCUCGGCGAGCGACGACGUCGCCGGCGAGGACAAGGCGCGAAGGAGGAGGUGCUCGCGGCCCCUGCCGUCAGGACCACGGCCCACAUCGUCAGGAGCGUGCUCCUGUUGCUGGCGCUGCUCUGCGCUCAAUGCUGCCUGGCGACCGGCGAGGCCCUCGCCGGCACUCAGAAGUACUGCACGCGCACCGUCAAGACACGCUACGGCAUCCUCCGCGGCGUCGAGGCCCGCUCGUCCACGGCCGUCGAGACUUACUACGGUGUGCCGUACGCGACGCCCCCUCUCGGCGCGCUGCGCUACAUGCCGCCGGUCACCCCCACGCCGUGGCGCGGCACCAAGUUCGCCGACACCAUGCCGCCGGCAUGCCCGCAGCGGCCGCCGGAGCCGGACACGAGCCUGCCGCGCCGGAGACGCGCCUACCUCGAGAGACUGGCGCCCAUAUUGGCCAACCAAAGCGAAGACUGCCUGUAUCUGAACCUAUACGUGCCGAAACCUCCUCAUGGUAGUAUCGCGGACUCGCUGCCGACUGUCCUCCUCAUCCACGGCGACUCCUACUCGUGGGGUGCUGGCAACUCGUUCGACGGGACCGCCCUGGCCGCCCACGGACGCCUCAUCGUCGUCUCCAUCAAUUUUCGCCUGGGCGUGCUCGGCUUUCUGAAAACCGGGUCGAAAGGGAGCGCGCAGGGCAAUUACGGAUUGAUGGAUUUGGUGGCGGGGCUUCAUUGGCUGCGCGAGAAUCUCGGCGCUUUCGGCGGCGAUCCGGAGAGACUGGCGCUGCUGGGCCACGGCACCGGGGCGGCUCUCGCCAAUUUUUUAGCCGUCUCCCCUAUGGCGAAAGAGCUGAUCGGGAGGGUGAUCCUGCUCGGAGGCUCGGCCCUCUCGCCAUGGGCGGUCCAGCGGGACCCGCUGACGGUGAAGCGCCGGGUCGCCGAUCAGACCGGCUGUCCGAGCGACGUCGAGGCCGACGACAUCGCACCGUGCCUUCGCUUGAGGAGCCUGGAGGAGCUGCUGGCGGUGAAGCUGGACCCGCCGAGAUUCACUUCCGGCUUCGCGCCCUUCGUCGACGGGGCCGUUCUGCCGCCGACAGUCAAUCAGAACUUCCAGCCCACUGCCUCUUCUUCGGGACUGAUGCCGAUCGUGCCCGGACCCGGCGCUGAAUUCGCGGACUUUGGCAACCGCGACCUGCUCUUCGGUCUGACGUCCGAGGAAGCCUGGCUGAACCUUUCCGAGGAUGAUCUACAGAACGGCUUGAACGAGACGAGGAGAGAUCGUAUAUUGCGCACUUACGUCCGGAACACCUACCGGUACCAUUUGCAUGAAAUCUAUUCGACUCUUCGGAACGAGUACACCGACUGGGAACGGGGCGAGCAGAGUCCCGUGGCGAUCUGCGACGGUCUCUUAUCUCUCCUCGGAGACGGCCAAGUCGCCGCGCCGCUCCUCAGACUGGCCCUACUGCACUCCGCCUCCGCGGGACGGGGCUAUUUCCUGCACUUCCAGCCCGAUGAUCGACCGAGCCAGAAGGGCGAGGAAGUGCCGUAUCUCUUGGGCAUACCUCUUCUUCGCGGCGAGCUCACGUCCGCGACGUCCGCCUUUGGCAACUAUACGACCGCCGACGAGAACCUGUCGAAGCUCCUCGUCCAUUACCUGGCCAACUUCGUGAGGCGCGGGUCGUGGCUGUACCUAUUCUGCGCGCGAUGCCAUGGCCGCGACGACACGCCGUCCUGGGAGCCGAAGGGCUGGCGGAAGGCCUGCCCGCAGCCGUUCUGCCCGACCUACCGGAAGUUUGCGCGGAUCCUUUGCCUCUUCCUGCUCGGCCUGUUGCUGUGGGGGGUUGCCUACUCGGUCAUCGGCGACGACGCGGCACCGGGCGGUCCGCUCUUCGGCCUGGCCUCCCUCUGCAUCGCCGCGCACUUUGGAGGUUGGCUCAUCUCACUCACCACCUUGCCGGCUUUGAUCGGCAUGCUCGUCACCGGCCUAAUUCUGCAGAACACGGGUCUCGUCCAGAUCGGCGGCGAAUACGCAGUGGUGGUCUCUAAUCUGCGGAAAAUCGCCUUGGUCAUCAUACUGACCAGAGCGGGCUUGGAUCUCGAUCCGAACGCCCUGAAGAGACUGAGGCUUACCGUGCCGAAGCUCGGCCUGAUACCCUGGGUGGUGGAGGCCACGGUGGUCGCUGCGUUGACGACCCACCUGCUAGGUCUGCCUUGGAUCUGGGGUUUCCUGCUCGGCAGCAUCAUAGCUGCCGUCUCGCCGGCUGUCGUGGUGCCUUGCCUCUUCAGGUUACGUGCCAAAGGUUACGGAGUCGCCAAGGGCAUCCCGACGCUGAUUAUCGCGGUGGCCGGGAUCGACGACGCGGCGUCGGUGGCAGUUCACGGCAUCGUCAAGAGCGUCAUGUUCUCCCACGACGCGCUCUGGUACCAGAUCCUGCAGGGGCCCAUCGCCAUUAUCGGCGGCCUGGGAUUCGGUAUUAUGUGGGGUUGGCUGGCUAAAUACGUGCCGGAAAAGGGCGACCCCUUCAUGGUGCCACUGAGAGUGCUGAUGUUACUCGGGGGUGGGCUGCUGGCAGUCUUCGGCAGCGAGGCGAUCGAGCUCGGCGGCGCUGGGCCGCUGGCGGUCGUGGCCGCAGCUUUCGUCAGCUGCUACUUUUGGCAGCAGGAAGGCUGGGAAGUGGACGAUAAUCCGGUGGCCACAUCCUUCGAGAUUUUCUGGAUGAUAUUCGAGCCGAUCCUCUUCGGCAUCACCGGCACGCAGAUCAAGAUCAAUGAGCUCGAUGGCAAGACUGUGUACCUCGGCCUGGGCUGCUUAAUCGCCGGCAUCGUCAUCCGGAUUGCCAUCACGGUGCUGGUCGGGAUCGGCUCGAACCUCAACCUCAAGGAGAAGGUGUUCAUCGCGCUGUCGUGGAUGGCCAAGGCGACCGUGCAGGCGGCUUUGGGGCCCAGUACCCUCGAUGAGGUGGACAAGGACGAUGGAAAACAGGUCGAGUACGCCGAGACGGUGUUGACAUUGUGUGUACUCUCGAUACUCCUGACCGCUCCUGCCGGCGCCAUCAUCAUCUCGCUGUCAGGGCCGAAGCUCCUGACGAAGACCAACACGCCGGUGCCGCCGCCGGAGGCCUGGAAGACGCGCAGGCCGUCGAUCCGCGACAUCUCCAUCAUCAACGAGGACCCGGACCUCGAGGAGACGGCGAACGAAAGGAAACCUUGACAGUCGCACGUUGUCUGCGUACAACCGCGAAGCGGACGGUCCCCAUGAGUGUCGAGAAGCGUGAGUGUCGGGAAAAGGAAAGCGGAAGGCUGAAAGUGCCUUUGUUGUAGCCGACGGCGUCGGCGUGACUGAACGUUCGCGAGCCGCGCCAGUCGCCGAGGUGUUAAAUGACCGAUGCAGCAACUAUCGACAGUCCCUGUAUAUUAGCGAUGGCUGUGUGGAAAACGACGUCGCGCGAUUAUUGACAGCCGCUCGGUCGAUACGCAGGUGCCCAUGCUCGAAAAUGGAGUAUUCGCGCGUUCCCGCGGCAGGCGCCUCCACCAUGCGAGAGAAAGAGAGGCCCGAGCGGAGAGCGCGAGACUCCCUCGUCCCUGAUCUGAUGGCGACGACUUCUUCGGUGGAUUCAUCCACGACCGCAUCUCUCUCUCUCUCUCUCUCUCUCUCUCUCUCUCUCUCUCUCUCUCUCUCUUCGGGCCGCUCUUCUCACGCACGCGAUCCAUUAGCGAGACCACGCAAGCGUACGUUUUGUCUUAACUUUCCUCUUUCGUUAGCGUAUAAAACUAACCUCGUCGCGCCUCCGAGCGAGGCCAAGAAAGGCGAAGACGACAUAACUUUGUUAUGGGAGGGCAGAGGGGGGGAUAUUCAAGCGUUUAACACGUAACGUUAGCGGUCUUACCGAUCAAACUCCACGUUAGCUUUCGUUGGGGCAAUUUAUCCUGUUUGUUCGUUUUCUUUCUUCUUUUAUCCGAAUACGGCGGAAGAGAACCGCGCUCGGUUCGCCAAGGUUUGCCAGCCGAUAUCGGCAAGAACAUGGUACGUAAGCGCGAUCGCACAGCAUUCGCGCAAGUGAGGUCUGUUUCGGAAACUUUGGUUUUAGUUGUAAGGUUGGCAGGCCUUGAGCUAACCUAGAUACGUUCCGUAAUUGAACAGCUGAUCACGCUUGGACGUUCAUGACCGUGUACUAAUUCUGUUUACAAACUUGGCUUUAGCUAUUAACUUUGUAAUAUUAGGUAGAGAAAUGGAUAGAUUAGUUACUUGUUAUCUCGACAAUCAAUUAGCUGAUUAAUGACGGAACGUAUCUAGGUUAGUUUAAGGCCCACCAAUCUCGUAACUGAAACCAAAGUUUCCGAAAGCGAUUUCGGAAUAGGCCUGUGGUCGCGUCCGACGGACUUUCUGCGGUUUGAAGCGAGCCGUUUGCAUGGACGAUGAAUAACCGACGCGUUUGAGGCGCAACGCCCUACCGCCGGCCAUGAAAUCAUGCCGCGCGUGAUGUCGCGGUUUUCGCUCUCUCGCCAAGCCGAGCGGGAAUAGUUCUUCAAAAAGUGGCGUGAACUUCCGGCGCGGUUCCGACGCGAGCGACCUCUAGCGCGAGCCGAUGCGUCGUCGCGCGAAGCCAGAAUUCUACUGUUAGAUUCCAUUUGGAUUCCAUGGAAUAUACACUGAAAAUAAAGGCAAUUUUUCGCUA